AACUCGUUCUGGCUUGUUUCUAAAUAACGGCAUUGCGAAGAUGAACGACCGGACGCGCUGGCGGAGGACGGACAUUUCGCAGACAUUUGAGCCGGGCCUACAAGCGGGCCAAAUACGAGCGGCGACAAUAAGCCGGCCUAAGCAUUUAAGCGUCGACGAGCCUACAAACAACAAUUACCGAUCGGUCGGAUCAGACAGCAGCAACAAAAACAAGAGCUACUAUGGCGAAUUCCACUUCCACCUCCAACCCCAUCCCCAUCCCCAUCCCCAUCUUCACCUGCAUCUGCAUCUCCAACUCCAUCUGCAUCCGAAACUGAAACAGAAACUGCAAAUGCACGCUCUCCCAUCGGCGGCUCACCUGUGUGGGUAUUGGUAUAUGGGUAUAAGUAUGGACACGAGUGCAGCAGGAGGAUUGGAUCGGAUCGGGUCGGAGCGAAUCGCCUAUAUAAGGCCUAAAUAG